AAGAGAAAGCGAAAGAGAAAAAGAAAGCUACAAAGCAGGAAAGAACGAAUAAUAACGAAAAAACAAACAAAAAGAUAAAAAUAGAAAACGCAAGAAAAAGAGAGAGAAAGAACAUUGCAUUCUGGAAACGAGUCUAAUUCUUAGAAAUUCUCAUCAGCUAAAUAUAUAUAUAUAUAUGCGCAUAUAAAUAUAUACAUAUAUACAAACGUAUAUAUGUAUUUGUGUAUAUAUGUAUGUAUAAAACUUUUGCUUCUUACUUAGUAUCGUUAUUUGUACAUUAUUACUUUUGUUUUUCCACUUGUGCGGAUCCAAAUUUUGGUAGAUCGUUACCUGGAAUUUGAACAGCUCUUUUAUUCCCUCCGAGAAUCUCUACUCGCUUGCUUUACUCACUUCACUCAAUCACGCAACCAACAGACAACAUAUCAAUUAAAAGUGAGACAGCUGACCCAUCGAAAACUUUGAGAGAGUGGUGCUUUCCUCCUACUCUACUUCCUCUUCUUCUACUUGUCUUUUCUACAACUAAACGGCAAUUAUAUUUAGCCACAGCAAUGUCCGGUCCGACGUACAAGCAUAUUACGGUAUUCAGGGAGGUACCAACAGCCAGAGACGAAAACAGAAGCGCCAUGGCUCACUAUCGCACUGAAGUUCAUAUUCCAGUAAAAAAAGAUAGUUUAACUUUUGAGGACCGCCAAAGGAAAGCGUGGAAUAGUAUAGAAACCCAGGUAACCGAAAAACGCUCUCAAUGGGAGAAAGAUUUUCAGAAAAUGAAAGAAGACUUCUUCACCUUAACUCCGACUGAUGCGACAAGCGUAGAUAAGUUCUCCAAGGUUGAAGGAUUCAGGAGUCUGUACGAAGUCGACAGUCAAGGUAUCAGGAAACUGAAAAUUUGCUUUGACGUCUCUGACUUCAGUCCUGAGGAAAUACAAGUCAAAAUUCAAGACAACAGAAUUGUAAUUCAUGGAAAAAAUGAAGAAAAGAAAGGUAAUUCCACAUUCAGUCGUGAAUACAGUCGACAGAUAGAUAUUCCUUGGGAUGUUGAUCAAGAUAAAAUAACCUGCGUCGUCAGUAAAGACGGUAUUCUUACAGUGGAAGGACCGACACAUCAGCAAUCUCCUUUUAAGGAAGCAACGUUUCUACCAAUAAAAUGUGAAAAUGUUCCCAGCAUAUCGCACAAGACAUCCGUGCAGAACCCAAUAAUUACAGAACCAGACGGUUCCAGGAAACUGCAGCUUCAAGUAGACAUUGGCGAAUUCAAACCAGAAGAGGUAGUUGUUAAAACCAUGGACCGGAAAUUAGUCGUUUCAGCUCGUCAUGAAGAGAAGAGAGAAGGAAGGACCAUGCAUAAAGAAUUCAACAAAGAAUACGAACUACCAGAAUCUGUGGAUCCAAUGAGUGUUAAUGCUUUUCUGGCUGAAGAUGGCAAACUCACGAUAGAAGCACCACUAAAACCCUUACCCCGCCAAUCCUACGCCGUAACACAAAGUUCUGAUGUUAAGAAAGUUGUUGUGACCAAAGAAUCUCAGUUUACCAUAACUGACAGUGCCAACCGUCCAAUGGUUACCAUUAGUGUACAUCCACGUUGAGAAAGUAAUCCGAAAUAAAACGUGCAAGAACAUUUUUUUGUUUUUUUUUUUCCGUGGAAUAUAUUAUUUUAAAAACUGAAGGUUGAAGGACGAAUAAUGUAAAAGAAGAGCUGUAUAGUAAAUUUAUUUUUAAAAAUACAAUGAUAAAAAAAAUACAAUGAUAAAAUUAUAAGCUAUUAAACAAACAGUUAUAGGUUAGAAUUUCUUGGCGUUCCUAAUUCUUCUUCGUUGACAAAAACAAUUUUUCCGAUUGUAGCAUUUUCUUAAAUAGAAAACUAUAGAAAUAGAAGGGAAAGAAAGAAAACCAAUAUUUGAAACUGAACGGAAAACAUAUAACUACCACCAAUGCAACUACUACUAUCAUAACGACAACAACAAUAGCGAUAUAAACAGCAAUAAUGUUUAUGUUAAUAUUAUUAUUUUACAAUUAGUACAAAUUUUGUAGAGUUGCAUAUAACGUUGAGUAUGUAUGUGUGUAUUGCAUGUAUGCAUUAUAAAUGUAUGUAUUACAUGAAGAUAAUACACACAUAUAUACUCAACAUUUAAUGCAACUCAGCGAAAUUUAUACUAAUUAAGUACUAAUGAAGAUAGUAUGUAAUGUAAUGUAAGGUAUGUCUCCAUAUUGUGAAGAACAAGGGUAAAAGUACUCUACACAUAAUAUAGAGUAUGGCUGUAUUUCUAUAUUUAUCCAGCUGAGCCGUGUGCCGUGACUUGUGUUUUGUGCUUGCACUAUCGUUCAGAUGGCAGCUUGAUCUACAGGGUACACAUACACACAGAUCAAAUUGUUGUAUCAACGAGCGUGUAACAGAAACUUAAUUAUAGGCAUUCAGCUCAUCAAAACACACACACACACAAAGACAUAUACAUUUGGUUAAUCUGUUCUCGUAUGUGCCUAAAGCAGCGCUAUCUCAUAAUCUUUAUUUUCUUAAAAAAAACCUCGCCCUAAACCUUCCGUCGAUAAAAAUAGUAAGCUACAAUGAUUACAGAACAAUAGAGAAAGAAAAAAGAGAGAAAGAAAAGAACGAAAGCAUGAACGACAGUUAAAAAAUGCUGAAAUUUAUUUAUUUAUUUCACUAUGUUUUGUCCUUUUUUUUUCCUCCUCACCCUAGGAUUGUUACCAAUCAAUCUGAACUGUUAUCAAAUCUGAUAAAUAUGGCUUCUAGAUGAGACAAGUAUUUUGGAAAUGAGUUUUGUGCGUGAGAAUUGACAGAAGUUAGAUAAGCUGUUAUAUAAAAAAAAUAUAACAAAAUGUUCCCUAUUUUUGCUUUUUUUCAUUUGAUUGAGUAUUAUUCUGAUAAUAUAAUUUUGUUUUAGUUUCUGUAAAACUUUGGUCUAUUCACUCGACAUCUCAGCUUUCCGUCGCACAAGAGAGCGAUCAGCAACUGUAAGAGAUAAAUAAAAAGAAAACAAUAAAAAAAUGCACAUGAAACUUAAUGACUAUAAAAUCUCUACAUACGUUC